AUGGCCGUGGAUGCCUUGGGCUUGUUGAAUCGCAGCAUUCAGGACCUGCUGUUGCUGCUGCAUAAAGCUCGGGAGGACCCACAGCUGGGGAAAACGAACACGGUGAAGGUGCCAGCACCUGCGAUGAAAGCCAAAGUUCAGCGACAUCCUGUAGAAGCCCUGGCUGACAGGUUGAAGGGACAAGGAUUUGAACUUCGGCCCCUUUUCAGCUUUGAGGAGUGCCGAAGCGAGUUUCUCCUCCGCGAAUCCAAGCUGCUGCCCCGCGAAGCCACCAAUCCCAGCGCAGCCCGACGGCGGGUGCCAAAGCGGCCUUGUGAAGAGUCCACACAGUCGAGUCAGUUGGUUCCUUUGGAUUUGGUUUGA